GGUGACGGAGUGGGUGUCUUUGCAGCCCUCUUAACACCCGUUCUCAUUGAAAUGGCUAGGAUGCUGACUAUAAAAAGCCAUGCUAACCCAUAAUCUAAAAUUAAAAUUAUGGCUAAUAAAUUUAUUCUAGUUCCUGAAGAAAUUUACAAAGGUUUGACAACCCAAGAUUCAGGGGAACCAAACUUGGAUUUUAUUCGUCAAGGUUUAGAGAAAACAAAAUUGAAACGGGAGACACCUAGUGCAAAAAAUGUACACUAUAAUCAGGAACUUAGGCGAUAUUUGCAAUUAAGAAACGAGCAGCAAAAUAGACCGGUUAAGCCUCCCUUCCGGCUUCAAAUAUUGGGGAAGACGACGAUAAUAUAUGGAUUAGUGAUGAUAUGUCCUUUAGUUCGUAUCCAAAAGAGACACCAUCUUAUAACAUUAUACCACCUAUCCUGCCAGACAUUAAACCUACAAUUACAUUGAAACCGAAAAA